CCCUUCUCUGAUGUUGCACCACUCAUACGAACCUGUUCCUAGCUUUCAAGAGAUAUGCAGGUCAAUACUGUUGGUGAGUCAGAUCAUCAUAGCGUGAGAAAGACACAAGCGGCUGGUAUCUAAUUUGGGGAUUUAUGCUGCUAAUCUGAUUAACCCCAUAUGAUGGACGUAUCCAGUUGGAAGGAAAUGGAGGUGGCACUGGUUAGUUUUGACAACACUGACGAGGUAGUCGAACAGCCCUGUUUUUCAAACGACCUCAGUGCUGCUGGCCAAUCACAUAAAGGGCAUCCCAGCUGUGCCAGCCUCCUAUCCAACUGGAGAAUUCUCAUAAAUAGUGAGAACACAAACAAUGAGACCAUAUUCUCCAAAUUGUCUGCUGAGUUCAGUGACCACCUGGGCACAGAGAAAGUGGGCAUGGAUGAGGGCGACCAGAAAGUCAUCAUUAACAUUGCUGGGCUGAGGUUUGAGACACAGCUCAAGACUCUUAAUCAGUUUCCAGAGACCCUUCUUGGAGAUCCUGAGAAGAGGAUACGUUACUUUGAUUCAAUGAGGAACGAGUACUUCUUUGACAGGAAUAGGCCAAGUUUUGAUGGGAUACUGUACUACUAUCAAUCUGGAGGAAAAAUCCGGCGCCCAGCCAACGUCCCUAUAGAUGUCUUCGCAGAUGAGAUCACUUUCUAUGAGCUGGGUGAAGAAGCCAUGGACCAGUUCAGAGAAGAUGAAGGUUUUAUUAAGGACCCCAUCACUCUUCUGCCAACCAAUGAUUUUCACAGGCAGUUCUGGCUGCUGUUUGAGUACCCUGAAAGCUCUAGUGCAGCCAGGGGUGUGGCUUUGGUCUCAGUCCUGGUUAUUGUCAUCUCUAUCAUCAUUUUCUGUGUAGAGACCUUGCCUGAAUUCAGAGAUGACAGGGAGAUCAAGGAGAUCAAGGAUGCUAACAAUCUAACCAAAGCCAUUGUGGCCCCUAAUACUUUCACAGACCCCUUCUUUGUGAUAGAAACUGCCUGCAUCAUCUGGUUCUCCUUCGAGUUGCUUGUCAGAUUUGUUGUUUGCCCUAGCAAGGCUGCGUUCUUCAAGAAUAUUAUGAACAUCAUAGAUAUUGUAUCCAUCAUUCCUUAUUUUGUGACCCUCAUCACUGAGCUGAUUCAGCAGAAUGAGCUCAAUGGCCAACAGAACAUGUCCCUGGCCAUCCUCAGGAUUAUUCGUCUGGUCAGGGUCUUCCGUAUCUUCAAGCUUUCCCGGCACUCCAAGGGGCUACAAAUCCUUGGGCAGACCCUCAAAGCCAGUAUGAGGGAACUGGGCUUGCUCAUCUUCUUCCUUUUCAUUGGGGUCAUACUGUUUUCUAGUGCCAUCUACUUUGCGGAGGUGGAUGAACCACAGUCACAUUUCUCCAGCAUACCUGAUGGCUUCUGGUGGGCUGUGGUCACCAUGACGACUGUUGGCUAUGGAGACAUGUGUCCUACCACCCUGGGGGGAAAGAUAGUGGGGACUUUGUGUGCUAUUGCAGGGGUGCUCACUAUUGCACUCCCUGUGCCUGUCAUUGUCUCCAACUUUAACUAUUUCUACCACAGGGAGACAGAAAAUGAAGAGAGACAAAUAUUACCUAGGGAGGUAGAUCGAAUACUCAACAGUGUGGUUACAGGGAAUGGGAGUAUGGAUUCCCUGAACAAAGCAAAUGAAAAUUAUUCUCAAGAUGAGACAAAAAAAUACUGAGUCACAGAAGAUAAAAGCCUUGAAGUGGCUCUGACUGACUGAUAUAUCAUGUCUAUACUGCAUAAC